GUGGUAUGUGGUAUUUAAUGCACUAUUAUUUCUCUCCAUAAUUAUAUAAUUUCCAUACAUUAACCACCCCAACAAAAGAAAGAAAAAGGAAAAAGAAAAAAAAAAGCACACACACUAUUCGACUAAAUGCCUGAAUGAAAAUAAAUCUCUUCACUUUGUUGCCUUUGAUCCACACUUUUCCUUCAUCAUUUAAGUCAUUGUUCCUAUUCCACUAUUAUUGAGCAACAUCAAAUCAUAAUAACUUGUCAUGUUGAAUGAGCAAUUUGCUUCCACAAGCCAUGCAGCAAGAACAACAACACAACAUGGACAUGGUGGUGGUGAUGAUGAUCAAGAAGAAGAAGAACACACCAUAAGAGAAAUUCAUGCCUUAACACCACCUAGACCCCCAACAACAACAAACCAUGGGAAUAGGAGAAGAGAAGCUUGGGAAACUCAUCACAGCCACCGUUCAUCUUCUUUGUCCAUGGCAAGCACAGAUGGUGGUUCAAGUGAGAACUUCACAAGCAUGAGUAGGGAGUUCAGUGCUCUUGUUCUUGCAGGUUCAACUAUUGAUCAUAACAACAUCAACACUACUAGCAGCUCCAUGAUCAUGAACACUGGCCAUGACAACACUGAAAUUAUUGGAGGAGGAAACAACAAUACCAGCAGCAACAACAACAACAAUAACUUGUUGGGGAGGAUUAGAGAAGAGGACAUGAUGGAAGAGACUAACCCUUUGGCUAUUGUUCCAGAUAACCAUCCAUUGGAUCCUCUUCCAUCACCAAGAGGAAUGACUAGUGGUGGUGCAGGUUCUAGUAGUGGUCAUCAUCAACAUCAACAUCAUCAUCAUCAAGUAGUUGAAGAGGUUUCAGUGCAAAGGGUGAAGAAGGAGGAGGUUGAUGCAAAGAUAUCAGCAUGGCAGAACAACAAGAUAGCAAAGAUUAACAACAGAUUCAAGAGAGAAGAUGCUGUCAUCAAAGGCUGGGAGAGUGAGCAGGUUCAGAAGGCUACUUCUUGGAUGAAGAAAGUUGAGAGGAAGCUGGAAGAGAAAAGAGCAAAAGCAAUGGAGAAAAUGCAAAAUGAGGUAGCAAAGGCUCAUAGGAAAGCAGAGGAGAGAAGGGCAUCAGCAGAGGCUAAAAGAGGAACCAAAGUUGCAAGGGUUCUUGAGAUUGCUUCCCUCAUGAGAGCUGUUGGAAGACCCCCUUCCAAAAAAUCCUUCUUCAAAAGUUAAGCCU